AUGAACGUGAACAGAGAAAGGGUUCAGCCAGCUGAUAUAUCCUUACCAUCAGCGGCGGUGGCAGAUCCGAUGUCUUGUACCAUCCACACUGAAGCCAUGGAUGUGAGUGGGGAGCAAAGGCUCCCUGGUAAUGAUCUGGCUGCCUUCUCCUGCCCGGCCAACCGGGAGAGACAGGGGGAUACACAGGGCAUUGCUGCCCAAGAGGCAGCCGUCGUGGCCCCAGCUCCUACCAGUAACAACAGGACCACCUCUUUCUCUGUCUUGGACAUUCUGGAUCCCAACAAGUUUAACAGCAGCAAGAGGCGGCAGUGCAGCAUUCUGUACAGAGCCGGCAGCGAGUACACAGUGGCAGCGGCGGGGGAAAGGGCUGCGAACGCUUUUUGUGAAAUUGCAGAUCGGAAAACGAUAAAUGAUAGCGGGUUGGACACAUGCAAGAAGGCAGCUGAUAUCAUCAACGUGAAUCUACGUGUGCAUGAAUCAGUAUUGGAAAAACGAAAAGAACCAAAAUGUGAGAUAUAUAUUUCUAAUCAUAGAGUCUUUGAAGACCUGUACAAAAAUUGUUGGUAUCUAAUGAUCUAUUUUAUCUAUUUAUUCCCGCAUCUAUCACCAUUCCACAAAGAAGAUGGAGAUUUCCUUGACAGCUACAAAGGUGAGCGACGUGAGAAAGACUUCUGCCGGAGCUUAGAGCCAGAGCAGGACAGUAACGAGACGUCGCGACAGGAGGACGCCGAGGAGUUGAGUGAAGAUAGCGGAGCCGGCAGGAGAGCGGGAGGAGGCACUCUGGCCUCUCCGGGAGAGAGGAUGCCCGGGGUCGAGGGAGAACCGGACGAGGAGGAGGAAGAGGAGGAAGAGGAGGAGGAGGAAAGUGCGACAGGAGGCCGCGAAAGCCUGAGCCCACGCAGUCCUCAGGGCCAGCAUCUGCAGCAGUGCCAGUCCCAGCCUCAGCAGCAGAGUCAGGCUCAGCAGCACAAGAGCAAACGGAAACGCAGCGGCUCGGACGCGAAGUCGGGCAAACCCCGGCGGGCCCGCACUGCCUUCACCUAUGAGCAGUUGGUGGCGCUGGAGAACAAGUUCAAGUCAACCCGCUACCUGUCGGUGUGCGAGCGUCUGAACCUGGCGCUGUCCCUCAGUCUCACCGAGACCCAGGUCAAGAUCUGGUUCCAGAACCGCAGGACCAAGUGGAAGAAGCAGAACCCCGGCGCGGACACUAGCGCUCCCACCGGGGGAGGAGGAGGUGCAGGGGGCGGAGGAGCAGGUGGCGGCGGUGCAGGGACAGGGGGAGGGUCGGGCUUGGGGGGACCGUCGGCGGGCCAUCUGAGUGGCCUCAGCCCCAUGAGUACUUCUUCCCCGGUGACCGGGCCACUUUCCAUGCACUCGGCUUAUUCAAACCCCGGCGGGCUAGUGUGCGCCGCGCAGCUGCCCUUCCUGCCCUCACCGGCAACCGUGCUCUCCCCUUUUAUGCUCAGCUCGCAGACUUACGGGGCUCCGGCUUUCUACGCACCUCACUUACAAUGA